AUGGACGAGGAUCUCGAUACAUCAAAAAUCAAAAAUUGGCGAUCAAUUACUACUCUAAUCGUUUUUGUUCUAACUAAUAUUAAUGUCCUUUUCCCCUUCCGUAUCCCGAUAUACCUACCGCGAUGGCUUUCCAACAUAUUUGUGGACUCGCUGAGCGCCAUACGCAUAAUACCUCGCCGACAUCGUCCUCGAUCCAAUGAGAACGAAAGCUUCUUCGUGAGGUUUCGUUUUCCGAUGAAUUUCAUCACGGCACCAUUGAUAGCGGAUCUCUUCCUUCUAGCUAUCCGGGCUAUUGGUCGAAAAGAAGUACACGAUGGAACGCUCGGCGCAAACCACAUCUUGCCUAUUGACAUCAUGGCAUUCUUCCUCACACUCGCAUAUAUCGCAAUCUCGAUAGAUGCCUCUGGUCUAAUCAGAUGGCUAGCAUUCAAAGUUCUCGAACGAGGAGGCAAGGUUGGCCACCGACUCUUCUUCUACCUGUAUGCCUUCUUCUUCGGGCUUGGCACUUUCAUCGGAAACGACCCUAUCAUUCUAUCAGGAACAGCCUUUCUCGCCUACAUGACCCGCGUAUCAAGCAAUAUCGUUCACCCCAGAGCCUGGAUCCAUAGCCAAUUCGCCAUAGCAAACAUCGCCUCUGCAAUUCUGGUUUCUUCAAACCCAACCAACCUCGUGCUUGCCGGCGCCUUCCAGAUCAAGUUCAUCGUCUACACAGCAAACAUGAUCGUGCCAACAGUUGUAACAGCUAUCGUCAUAUUCCCAUUCCUGCUCUACAUUAUCUUCGCCGAUGAGUCCCUUAUUCCGCUCUCGAUCAAAAUGCACGAGCUCUCCGAGGAAGAUAAACGCAAAACGCCCGUCAACCCAAAUAUCCCCCACGCCCGAGGAAAUGCCGAAGAAGAAGAGGACAUGAACAACCCAGAAGGAAAGAAACUCUCCUUAGAAGAGAUCAUGAACCCAUUCUUGGACAAGAAAGGUGCUGCCUUUGGUGCCGUCAUCAUGGCCGCCGCACUCAUCACACUCCUUGCAAUCAACGCAUCGAGCCAAAGUGGACAUGAAAAACCUGUCUUUUACGUGACAUUGCCCGCUGCAUUUGUCAUGUUCUGCUGGGAUGUCAGUUCUGGCUGGAUCUAUCGCCACGAGACACGCGAGAUUGCCGCAAAGGGUCGACGGGAUGUCGAGAAUGCACGAGCAGAGCGAGAAAUGCGAGAACGGGAGGAAUCACAAUCUCCAGAUAUUCUCGGACUGGACCAAUCUGAGCAGGAUCUGUCGGGCCUGCCCAAGAGCACUGAACGCACAGAUGAUGAGAUAUCACUGGGGGCUGCGGAUGCAACUAUCGGCUCGAAGACUUCGACUUCCCACCCGGAUUCCGGGACGCCGUUGUCAGUCUCAGUGCUGGUCGACAAAGAAAAGUUCCCUGAUCUAGAGUCACCUGGUGUUUCCUCGUUAGACAAUAAGCGGUUGGCUCUUGCAUCUUCCCCAGAACCACUGGAUUCGCGACAAACGACUGACAGGACUGAUGAGGAGAAGCGGGCAUAUCCUUAUCAACAAGACGGACCGCCCACGUUGACUUCUCUCUGUGCCGAUCUCUACCGCUGGCUCCAGGAGACAUUCCCGACAGUGACUGUUGUAGUAUCCCACAUGCCCUUCCCACUAGUUCCUUUUGCGUUCUCAAUGUUCGUUCUUGUGCAGGCAUUAGUCACCAAGGGCUGGGUACCGGUUUUUGCAUAUGGAUGGGACCAUUGGGUAAAUAAGACCGGAACUGUGGGUGCUGUUGGCGGGAUGGGAUUCUUAUCUGUGAUUCUAUGCAAUUUUGCCGGAACAAACAUCGGCACUACAAUCCUCCUCUCGCGCGUCAUCCAAGCAUGGCAAACAAUCCACGACAGAAACAAUAUCCCUAUCAGCGACCAGACAUUCUGGGCGACUGUAUAUAGCAUGGCCCUCGGUGUCAACUUUGGUGCUUUCAGUACUGCCUUUAGUGCCUCGUUGGCUGGCUUACUGUGGCGGGAUAUCUUGUCGCGGAAACACAUUCGGGUUGGCAGUUUGGAGUUUGCGCGUGUAAAUUUGCCCAUUAUUGCUGUUUCUAUGGCUCCUCCAACAUACCCCAGCAAUUGUCUCGCCUUCCUAAAUCCCUUAACCACAGCAAAAGACCCCCAACCCACGAAAGUCCCCCUAAACAUCAUAGUCGUAGGCGCCGGCCUGGGCGGACUCGCAACAGCAAUCGCACUCGCAACUUCAGGCCAUACGGUCACCGUCUACGAGCAAACAAAAGAGCUGGAAGAAGUCGGCGCAGGCAUCCAAAUCCCACCCAACUCAGCAAGGCUCCUAAGCAAACUCGGCAUAGACCCUUACCUUAAAGAACACGUAAUCGAACCAGAAGCAAUAUCCAUCAGACGAUGGCAGACCGGCCAAGUGAUCGGGUUUACGCGGUUGAUCCCCAAUUUUCGGGAUUUGUAUGGAGUGAACUCGGUUGCGAGGGGUAUUCUUGAGGAGGGUGGCCGUCCUUCGUUUGAGAAGACUGGAUUUGCAGCAUAUCGUGCUACCGUCGACGUGGAGCUCAUGAAAGAUGACCCGGAACUUUCUUGGUUGCUCGAUCGACCGGGUCUUAAUUUAUGGAUCGGUGACCAGCGACAUGUUAUGACAUAUAUCAUUGGAGCUGGCAAGUCGUUUAAUAUGGUUCUCUCGCAUCCGGAUCACAGUGACCCGUCGACUUGGGAUCAGGCAACUGCUCUGGCUGAUAUGAGACGUGAAUUCCAAGGGUGGGAUGGGCGACUGCAGAAGAUCAUCGGGCUGAUUGAAAAGACUAUCAAAUGGCCACUGAUCAGCGGGACUCCUUUGUCUCGGUGGGUCAGUGGCAAGGUCGUCAUCUUGGGAGACGCAGCCCAUGCCAUGCUGCCGUAUAUGUCUCAAGGCGCAGCAAUAGCAAUGGAAGACGGCGUAGCCCUAGCAAGCUCCCUAUCUAAAAUCGAAAAUGCAACAGAGAUCCCCAAAGCACUGAGUAUAUUCGAGAAAGUUCGCAUCCAGCGAUCAGGAAUGAUGCAAGAGGCGAGUUCUCUGAAUGGAAAACUCUGGCAUUUCCCAGAUGGACCACUUCAGAAAGCCCGUGAUGCUGCCAUGAAGCUGGAGACGACGGGAUUACAGUUUAAUCAUAGUCCUAAUCAGUGGAGUGAUCCCGCAACGCAGAUGUGGUGUUAUGGGUAUGAUGCUGAGCUGGAGAUUGAUCGGGCUUGGGUUGGAACGGGGCAAUCAUAG